GGGGCGAUCAUCCCAAAAUGGGCGGGGGCUGCCAGCAACGCCAGAAGGGCCACCAGCAACUCCCGGCCCACCGCGCACACGCCCGCCUUCACCUCGUUCGACGCCCCGCCCCUUCAAACCAUGAACGGCUUUCCGGAGAUGGAGGGCCCCUCCCGGCCGCCCCAGCGUCGAAAGGCGAAACGCGCCCGCGCAAGCGACGAGGGGCCGUCGCAGCUUCCCCCCCCCGGAUCGGCAUCCGGCGCUUCCACGUUGCGCGCCAUCGCCAUCGACCAGGCCACGGCGCGGGCCUGCAUUGACGAAGCAUCGGCGAUCGAGAGGGAGGCCACCGGCCGCAUACCGGAGACCAGCACCGGCGUGUCCAGCCUGCAGCUGGAGCGGGCCACGUGCGAGGUCGUGCGGUACAUGCUGUUCAAGUGGUCGUCGUCGCACGGGGCGCCCAUCAACAAGGCGGAGGUCGCGGAGGUGAUUCAGAAGACGCUGGGAGAGGGCAUACCCAGCAGGAACGUGACGCCAAACGCGAUGGCCAGGGCGCAGGCCAGGCUGGCCAAGGUGUACGGACUGCACAUGAAGGAGCUGCAGAAAACGAAGGCCAGGCACUCGGGCCCCUCACAGUCGUCCGGCAGCUCAGCCCAGUCCGUGUACGUGUUGAGGACCCUGCUGCCGCGGCAGCUGCGGCCGCUGGUGCAGGACGAGCGGGAGGCUGCGCUGCGCAGCCUGGCGAUCGUCGUCGUCGGCCUGCUGCGCCUGAGCGGGGCCGGCAACAAGAUGGCCAAGGGGGCGCUGUGGGAGCACCUGCAGGGGCUGGGCCUGAUGCCCAAUGAGCAGCACGAAGUCUUCGGGGACUGGGAAAAGCUGAUUACGGAGACUCUGGUGAAAAGACGAUACAUCAUACUUGAGCACAAGAGCAAGGGCACAGACCAAGAUGAGGUGUUCAUGCUGGCAGAAAAUGGAGCUGACGCAAUAUCUGAAAAUGACGUCAAGGACAUCCUGGACGCCCUGCGUAACCAGUAA